AUGAUUGACCUGAAGAGAAAGAGGAGAAAAGAACAUAGCCAACGUGGAAGCCAACAUUUCUUUCCCUCGCUCUGUUUUCUGGACCAAGUCAUAAGAACUCCAGAUUUUUCUAUUGAUCAAGCAUCAAACCAGCACAGCCAAGGCCAAAGGAACUCGAGAAGCAACGAGGAACAGCGCCAAGGGAGGUUGGAUCUCGGGUCCACACGCUUACUUCCUUCUCUCAUUUGA